GCUCUGUUCCCCGCCGCGUGCGCCCGGGCAGUGCGCCCCGGCAGGCCCCAGCCAUGUCGAUGCUGCCGUCGUUCGGCUUUACGCAGGAGCAAGUGGCGUGCGUGUGCGAGGUUCUGCAGCAAGGUGGGAACCUGGAGCGCCUGGGCAGGUUCCUGUGGUCGCUGCCCGCCUGCGACCACCUGCACAAGAACGAGAGUGUGCUCAAGGCCAAGGCCGUGGUCGCCUUCCACCGCGGGAACUUCCGUGAGCUCUACAAGAUCUUGGAGAGCCACCAGUUCUCGCCUCACAACCACCCCAAGCUGCAGCAACUGUGGUUGAAGGCGCACUACGUGGAGGCCGAGAAGCUGCGCGGCCGGCCCCUCGGUGCCGUGGGCAAAUAUCGGGUGCGCCGAAAAUUCCCGCUGCCGCGCACCAUCUGGGACGGCGAGGAGACCAGCUACUGCUUCAAGGAGAAGUCGCGGGGUGUGCUGCGGGAGUGGUAUGCGCACAACCCCUACCCCUCGCCGCGUGAGAAGCGGGAGCUGGCCGAGGCCACCGGCCUCACCACCACCCAGGUCAGCAAUUGGUUUAAGAACCGGAGGCAAAGAGACCGGGCCGCCGAGGCCAAGGAAAGGGAGAACACCGAAAACAAUAACUCCUCCUCCAACAAGCAGAAUCAACUCUCUCCUCUGGAAGGGGGCAAGCCGCUCAUGUCCAGCUCAGAAGAAGAAUUCUCACCUCCCCAAAGUCCAGACCAGAACUCGGUCCUUCUGCUGCAGGGCAAUAUGGGCCACGCCAGGAGCUCAAACUAUUCUCUCCCGGGCUUAACGGCCUCACAGCCCAGCCACGGCCUGCAAGCCCACCAGCAUCAGCUCCAGGACUCCUUGCUGGGCCCUCUCACCUCCAGUCUGGUGGACUUGGGGUCCUAAGUGGGGAGGGACUGGGGCCUCGAAGCAGCGACUAGGGACACUUGUAAAUAGAAUUCAGGAACAUUUUUGCAGCUUGUUUCUGGGGUUCUUUGUGCAUAAAGGAACGGUGGACUUUCACAAAUAUCUUUUUAAAACUCAAAACCAACAGCCAUCUCAAACUUAGUCACCUCCUUCUCUCCAGCUCUUUCCACUUUUGCAUUUCCCCUCUCAGUGCAGAAAUCAGGAAAAAACACACACACACAAAAAACCCAAACAAACAAAAGCACCCAGUCACCCAGUCUUAGUUCUGGGCAACCCAUCUGCCUGCUUCAGUAGUCUUUUUUUUUUUUCUUUCCAAUGAAUGGGAAUUACUAAUCAACUAGAUUUUAAUUAUUUCCCUUUAAUUUAUUUAUGGAAAAAUCUUUUGGGAAGAAGAAAAGGAAAUGAAAAAGAGAGAGAGAAAUAAGUCAAAAUAGUGAAAACAAGAGCCUCUAGCCCAGGAGGAAAUGGUUGCAUUCUUAAGGUGAAAAGGACAAAUAGGAUCUUAUAACUUUUUUUGAUGGGGAAAAUUAAGUUUACAUUUUUCAUAUUUAGUGUUAAACAAUUUUAUGUAGCUUAAAAUGAAAUAACAGUAUUAGGGGGAAAAACAAGUGCCUAAAUGUCUUAAUGCUCUCUGCGUGUGGCAGUUAGAGAUAGAAGUGACCAUUAGUAGUAAUACAACUAUUUUUGUCAAAUUUAGUGGGGGUUUUUUGGUUGUUCUUUGUUUUCUUGGGUUUUUUUUUUUUAUGGCCAGCUUUAAAAAUGUAACAAUGUGAGAAACAAAACAAACACUCCUGAAUGCCAUUUCUUCUCCUGCCCUCGAAGUGCUCAUAUCUGUAUCCUUCUCCUGUUAAGGGUUGCCCCUGUUCCUAGUUUCUAGCUUGCAACAAAUAUGGGACAAAUCUGGCAAUCUGGUAUUUGUUACUAAAACAGCAUGUGUUUUCAGGUUUCUUUUCUAUUGUACCUAAACCUGUCUAAAUUAAAACUUAGUAGAACACCA